AUGGUUCAAAUCCCAGCUAAUAUCCUAGUCAAACAACUAUCGAUCUAUGAUAUCCCAGUCAAACAACUAUUGAUCUAUUAUAUCAUAGUCAAACAACUAUUGAUCUAUAAUAUCCUAGUCAAACAACUAUUGAUAUAUUAUAUCCUAGUCAAACAACUAUUGAUCUGUUAUAUCCUAGUUAAACAACUAUUGAUCUAUAAUAUCCUAGUCAAACAACUAUUGAUAUAUUAUAUCCUAGUCAAACAACUAUUUAUCUAUUAUAUCCUAGUCAAACAACUAUUGAUCUAUUAUAUCCUAGUCAAACAACUAUUGAUCUAUUAUAUCCUAGUCAAACAACUAUUGAUCUAUUAUAUCCUAGUUAAACAACUAUUGAUCUAUAAUAUCCUAGUAAAACAACUAUUGAUAUAUUAUAUCCUAGUCAAACAACGAUCUAUUAUAUCCUAUCAAACAACUAUUUUUUAUUAUAUCCUAGUCAAACAACUAUUGAUCUAUUAUAUCCUAGUCAAACAACUAUUGAUCUAUAAUAUCCUAGUCAAACAACUAUUGAUCUAUAAUAUCCUAGUCAAACAACUAUUGAACUAUUAUAUCCUAGUCAAACUACUAUUGAUAUACUAUAUCCUAGUCAAACAACUAUUGAUAUAUUAUAUCCUAGUCAAACAACUAUUGAUCUAUUAUAUCCUAGUCAAACAACUAUUGAUCUAUUAUAUCCUAGUCAAACAACUAUUGAUCUAUUAUAUCCUAGUCAAACAACUAUUGAUCUAUUAUAUCCUAGUCAAACAACUAUUUAUCUAUUAUAUCCUAGUCAAACAACUAUUGAUCUAUUAUAUCCUAGUCAAACAACUAUUGAUCUAUAAUAUCCUAGUCAAACAACUAUUGAUCUAUAAUAUCCUAGUCAAACAACUAUUGAACUAUUAUAUCCUAGUCAAACAACUAUUGAUCUAUAAUAUCCUAGUCAAACAACUAUUGAUCUAUUAUAUCCUAGUCAAACACCUAUUGAUCUAUUAUAUCCUAGUCAAACAACUAUUGAUCUAUUAUAUCCAAGUCAAACAACUAUUGAUCUAUUAUAUCAUAGUCAAACAACUAUUGAUCUAUUAUAUCCUAGUCAAACAACUAUUGAUAUAUUAUAUCCUAGUCAAACAACUAUUGAUCUAUUAUAUCCUAGUCAAACAACUAUUGAUCUAUUAUAUCCUAGUCAAACAACUAUUGAUCUAUUAUAUCCUAGUCAAACAACUAUUGAACUAUUAUAUCCUAGUCAAACAACUAUUGAUCUAUAAUAUCCUAGUCAAACAACUAUUGAUCUAUAAUAUCCUAGUCAAACAACUAUUGAUCUAUAAUAUCCUAGUCAAACAACUAUUGAUCUAUCAUAUCCUAGUCAAACAACUAUUGAACUAUUAUAUCCUAGUCAAACAACUAUUGAACUAUUAUAUCCUAGUCAAACAACUAUUGAUCUAUAAUAUCCUAGUCAAACAACUAUUGAUCUAUAAUAUCCUAGUCAAACAACUAUUGAUCUAUAAUAUCCUAGUCAAACAACUAUUGAUCUAUUAUAUCCUAGUCAAACAACUAUUGAACUAUUAUAUUCAAACAACUAUUGAUCUAUUAUAUCCUAGUCAAACAACUAUUGAUCUAUUAUAUUCUAGUUAA